AAGCUUUCUGCAUGCUGUGUUGAACUUUGGUUAAAUAGCAGUCUGUCACUUACUUUGUGCUGAGAGCGUCCUGCAUCAAAACAACACGGGCUAAAACUUUCUGCUGAAGGAUUGUCAAAAUGGUGGUGAUUCAGGCAAGAUGCAUUAAAUAUUGUCUCCUUAUACUCAACCUGAUAUUUGCGUUGCUGGGACUCAUCAUUUUGCUACUGGCAUUUUGGUUUCGCUUUGAUGAAAGGACAAAAAGUCUUUACGAAGUUGGUGCGAAUGGGGAGAAAUUCAUUAUUGGUAUUUAUGUCAUGUGGGCAGCGGGCGGCUUGCUGCUGGUUUCAGGUUUCACAGGAUACUUUGCAGUAUCCAAGGAAUCAAAGUGUUUACUUUGGUUUUAUCUUGUACUUAUUGUGAUGUUAUUCCUGAUUGAAAUGACUGUUGCAAUCUGGGCAUUUGCACAAAAAGAUGUGGUCAUUGAGCAGUUGCAAGAUGCUUACGCUGGCACCAUCGAUCUGGACAAACAAGAUGAUGUAGACUUCAAAUGCAUGAUCAAUGCUCUGCACAAAACCUUGGACUGCUGUGGUUACAAAUCUAAAUCAGGCCAAAUAAAAGGAUGUGACUCUUCCAAAUAUAAGGACUGCCUAGAGCGUAUUGAACAUAUCAUCAACUCCAAGCUGCAUAUUUUUGCAGCAGUUGCCUUUGGUAUUGCCCUCAUUACGGUUUUCGGGAUAAUCUUCACGAUUCUGUUGUACCGAUCCAUCAAGCGAUCAGCCGAUAUAAUUUAACAGUCUGAACAUUAGACAUCAAAAUGCCAUUCUGAAACAAUGCAUGUUUGCUUUUUAUAAGGCAAAUAUUAUUCUUGGAGCAAAAAAACCCCAGUCAUUAAUUUCCAUUUAUCAUUUCCAAAAUGUGUUAAUUUUUUGUUAAAAUGUAUCUUCAUUGAGCAGAGCUGAAUUUGAGGGCAUUUUCAUUCUGUAAUUUUAAGUAUCGAGUGCCAAUAUUUAGACUAAUUAAGUUACAGGCUGUGGGCUAGAGGUUGUUGUAAUUUAAGACACAAAUGGGUCCAUCUUGGGCCAGACCUCCGGCAAACUGGCUGCUGCAAAGGGACAAACUGAAAGGGACAAUCAGUGAAGAUCUAACAUUUGAGCUCAAUUUCCCUCCCAUCGCUCAAUUGUCCCCUUUUGUCCAAUUUUACUGAACUGCAGUGAAUAGCUCACCUCAUCAUCCUUCCAGAAAUAGGCCCACUCAAAUAUUUUGCGCCUGCUUUGUUGGUGUGAGUGUGGGCAGUGAAUGCCACCUGAUGACCAUUUCAAGAAGGGUGUAUGACAACAGCUUGCUUUUAUUACAACUUCAAAAUAAGGUGUUUCACAGCAGUAGCAAAACCAACUACUUCAACCUCUGUUACAUCAUCCACUUCUCACUUUGGACUGAUUAAAGUGGGUACCAAGCUCUCAUUAUCAGAGGGUCACAGAGAUGUACAGCAUGGAAACAGACCCUUCGGUCCGACUCGUCCAGGCCGACCAGAUAUCCCAACCUAAUCCCAUUUGCCAACACUUGGCCCAUAUC